AGAUGGUAGUAGAUUGAUAGAAGGCGCAUCGUCUGCUCUGCUGAGUUCUGCUAAAUCUUGUUUGGUGUUUGGCGUUGUUAGUUUCACACUAAAUUUUAUAGUUGAAUCGUCCAACACAAAAAGAAUGUAGAACAAUAGUACCCAUCUCUCUGAGUGCAAAAUGAGAGGGAAUCCCAUACAUUGGCUGGACUGGAGAAACUCAGAAAAUCUGAAAUACAGCAUGUCAUCUGGCACCAGGAAAACUCCUAUUUCCCAAUGGAUCUCAACAACCCUUACAGUUUCUCAAGUCAUUCUUCAUCAGACUUAAAUCUAGAGACUGUACGGGCUUUGCACCAAACAGUUGUAGCUCUUCGAGCGGCUUUGGAACAGUCUCGCUCUGAGUUGUUUGAACUUCGUGUUAAAGUUCAUUCAAACUCAAACAACAAAGUUUAUGCUGAUACUAUUGAAAAGCUAGCUCUAGAAAACCAUAUUUUGAGAGAACGUGUUUUAGCUACCAGAGCUGUGAAAACUAUGGAAGAAGAAGAAAAUGCCUGUGAUUCUUCCCCUGGAUCGAGCUCAGUGCCAGUUGAUGAACAGACUUCUGCUGUAGAUCCUGAAAAUACAGCGGAUACUACAGAGACCAAAGAUGCUGAAGACAUUGCUUUGCACCAUGUACAAACAGAAACUGUCCCUACAACAGACAAAAUAAAUCCUAUCAAAUCAGAGGAGAGUGAGGAUAAUCCAGAUUUUGGUGCAGCUGAAAAUGAAUCAUGUAUUGGAUUGGAUAAGGAAGAGGAUGUAUGUGAAAAUUCCUGCUCAGCAGACGAAGAACAACUUGAAAAUGAGAAACCAGCACCAUCACAGGUAUGUGAUAGUGAGGACCAAAUCAAUGGGAUAAAACCUAAGGCAAAUGAAGACUCUGAUAAUGAAUCAGAGGAGCUGGACGACAUAGAACUGAUAUUUACCACUGAGGAAACCAAAGAGCUGGGAGUCAUGCAAGAAGAUUUGGUCUCCAUAAGUGACACAGAAAAUUGGACUGCAGUGAAUGGUCAACCAUCUCUUCCAGUUACUGUUGAGAAAAGCACCCAAUUUGAUGAAGAGAGUACAGGUCUUCGUAUGCCAUGGACCCACACAGUUGUCGUGGAAACUGAUAUAAGCAAAUGUGGGAUCAUAGAUGAAAAUGAAGUUCCACCAAACAAUAAUUUAAGGCGUAACACACUUCCUAGCCCAAUGCCAUACAGACCUAUUAUUCAUAAAGAAGUUUUAUCGUCUUCAAAAAGCCCAUCUCAUAGCAUGAAGUUCUCGACAUCACGAAGUCCACGGCCUCCUGGGUCUACUGAUUCAAAACGAUUACCAAUGAGGCCGAUUUUAGUAGAGCCUAACAGUUCACCAAAGUGUGAGUCUGAAGCUCAGACAGACAUAACUGCAUUACCUUCUCAUUGGAAAUCAGAGAGCUAUUUGGCUCACAAGGUUUCUCACCCAUUUACAACACUACCAUCCAAAUUUACUUUACCAACUCGACAAGCUAUGCAAAGCCGUCCAUCUUUGAAAAUAUGCAAUCGUAGCCAAGAUGCACGAAGAAUUCUACUUUCUGAUAUAAAUUUUACCAGCAUGGUGCCCGAACUUUCUCGAAGUGCUGACCAUUUGGCUCUGGAGUCAGGUGUUUCGGGUGCAGUUGAUUCUGGCAGUCUUGCUCCGACAGUAGCAGGCCUCUAUCGAAACUUUCCCAGAGCCUUUUCUUACAUGAAAAAUCCUGACAUCAUGGGCCCAUGUUUGGUCUCUCCAGGUUAUCAGCAUGCUCGAGAAUAUGGUCGCUUUCAGUGGUCUCCAUGUGAGUGUGUUGCCCAAAGUAAAUGGGAAUAUUCUACUAAGUACCAGAGUACCCAGUCUUCAGCUACCUCUCCUCAACCUCCUGAUGUAGAUGUGAAACAACGUCCUGAAAUAAAACCUUCAUCCUCCUUACUUGAGGUGUGCCGUCAUGGACACCUAAUCCAGAGAUCUGUAUCUUCCUCCUCUUGGCAGUCUGAACCAGCUUCUCCAACUCGCUGUCUUCUUCACAACAGAACCCGUAGUGUUCCUCUUACUACGUCUUAUACACAAUCUCGUUCCAAACUUGCUGGGCCAGCAGUGUCAUGGGGUUGUCGAUACUCACCCUCUAGUAAUUAUGGCCCAAGUGUGAAUCGAGCUCGCAGCAAGGUUUCCUUUCAAGAUAAUUGCCUCCGUCGGCAAGGAAGAGGAGGACAAUCCCUUCCAGAUUUACGCAUCACAGAUGCCCAGGCAGACAGUGGUGACUCAACUGAUUCCCUCAUAGAUGAAGCUGAGGAUUAUGUUAGAAGGUCUAUUGAUUCAAUUGUAACAGGAACUGAUGUAUCCCGAAUCAGUCGGCGUCGCAUGGCUCGAAGGCAUUCUGAUCCAGAUCCUAUCAGAGAUUUAAUUUCAUUAAAAACUGCACAGCCAUUUCUUCCUAAAGGAAUCAAUGAUCUUAAAUUAGAUCACUUGGUGAAAAUUAUCACUGGUGAUGGCCGAGUUACUGUUGGAAAAGUUCGGUAUGUGGGUGCAGUUGCAGGACUCUCCGACCCACAUGUUGGUGUCGAAUUGCCUUCUAGUAAUGGUGAUUCAGAUGGCUCAUUUCGUGGACGACGAUAUUUUGAAUGUGACCCAGCCCACUCUCUAUUUGUACCUUUCAAAAAGGUAGUCAUGGCUUGGAAGACAUGAAAAACAAGAGUCAAUCAACCAUUCACUUUUUAUUGAUUUUUUUUUAUUUUUUUCACUUUAUUGUUAUUUUUGUUGAUGCAUUUUGUUAAAUUUUAAUUUUUCUUAGUUUACCUUUUUGUUUUCAUUUAUUUGUGUUGAUUUUAUCACAUAAUGAGUUAUUAUAUUUUGUUAACAACAUUUUUUUUUAAGACAAUGUUGAUAUUUUUGUUUACAUUUCCUUUACUGAUACUACUACCAGUAGAUGAAAAUUUUAAAUGGCAGUGAAAUGCUUACCAAGGCUUCUUAUUAGAAUUAUUUGUGAUAAUCAGAGGUAGAGCUAGGCCAAAAAUUUGAGUUUUAAGAAGUCAGAUUGGCCAUUGUGCUAGAAGAGAAUCGAUGGUCUUAGUAUUACAGGUCAGCCAUCCAGUUUACAAAUUUUAAGUAUAUUACCACAUCUUUGCAUGCUUGAUCUAAGCAUAUUGUAUUCAUAGAUUUCUCAGGUUAUGAUAGUUUGGCAACUGGAAAUCAAAUGCAGAUAAAGGGGAGGCUGUUCUGAGAGAUUACUCUGUAUUUCUCGGGUUUUUGCAAAACAGUAUAUUAAAACGAUCCAUACUCUAUCUGAAUAAUUUGAUUUGUUGUAAUUCACAUUUAAAAAUUUCUUAACCACUUCAAAAAGUUACAACCUGUCUCUUCUGUAUCAUUCCAUUUGAUCUCAUUUUGAAUGCUUGUUUCUUUAAGUACACAUUUACUCUCCUUCAUUAUCCUAUCCAUCUGUAAGAAUCUCUUAGUAAAUUAAGGUUUUUUAUUUUGCUAUUUUGCAAUUUUUGUCAGAAUUAAAUUUUUUGUUUGUCUUUGACAUGAGUUAAUAGGAUGUAUGUGACUUAUAGACUUUGAGAAUGUGAAUAAUAGUUUACCUAAACCCCUAGGAAAAAUCAAGAUUGUUUCAUGAUAUCCGCCUAUUUUUGUUUCCUUCUUGUAUUUUGGGGUUUAGUUUAGGAAUUAUCUUUUUCCUAUUCUAUUGUUCAAUACCACUCUGAAAUUGGUCUUAACUCAUCAAAUAUGUGAGAUUUCCGUACUUUCUGCUGUGAGUGUGCCUUUCAAAGUAACAUUUUAUCAGUAGUUUGUUAAUUUUUAAGCAAAGCUAGUGGAGUGAUCUGUCCACCAAUAUUUACUGAGAAUCAUUGAAGAGUUUUUCAUUUCAUGCAGGACAUGAGUGCACCACAUAGUUUUUCUCUAUUCAGAGUAAAAUCACUCUGUCUGUGAUUCAGUUGGUAGAAUGAUAAUAUAACAAGACAGACGAAGAAUGGUUAGCAGGUGUAUGGUAUGUAGUGCUAAAGAAGUAACUCAUAUCGGAGGGAGUGCCUUAUUUUAGAGAACAUUUUUAGAAAAUGAAAUUCUGUUUUAUGUUAUAACAAGCAAUUCUGAUAUUAUAUCUUGAACUUAACUGUCCAAAAUCACCAUUCCAAAUGUAUCCUAUAUAAGUCUUAUUUUUAAAUCACAGGUAACUAAUAAAAUUUUCCACAAUUGGUCUUUAUAUAUCAUGAACUUCAAUUAAAAUUUACUCUGCAAAUCUAAGUGCAGAACUGUACUACAGUUGCAAGUGGCCAACAUUUUGUUCUGUAGAACAAAACAGUUUGUCACUACAUACUGGAGCACUCCGUUUUCCAAAUGCAGUAGAGUGCAUGCGAGAACUUACAAGUUCUUCAGUUCCUUGGGAUGAACUUUUUUGUUUUGCAGUUGCAACUGCAGAACAUUUUAGUUUGCCUCUUGACACUUACAACUGCAGCACAGUUCUGCACUAAGAUUUGCAUGGCAUCAUUUUGUCUACUUUAUUCCAUUGAAUUUUGUGUGACUUACUGUCAUCUUCAGAUCCAUGCACGCAUAAGAGUUUUUUAUCUUGCACUGUUGUCAGUUGUAAUCAGUAUUAUAUUAUAACUUUAAUAACUGCAAUUGUACACUAAAUACACAUUGUGAUUAGUGUGAGUAGGUGUGUGUUGAGUAUUUAGUUUGUGCGGUCAUUUUUGCUGUGUGAAGAUUCCUGGAAAAUUUUAUGAGAAAAUUGUUGCUUUGUCUUGCUUUUUCCAGCUUAAAUGUGCAAUUUUCUUAGUGUGAUGCUGCUAAUCUAAGUUUCUCUGUGAUUGGUAUUAGAGGAUAACUUUCUGUGGAGAUCAUUGUGCUUGUCUGUUCGUAACUGUGUCAUCAAUCUCUUAAGUAUCGUCUUUUGAAAAAUUGCAUUUAAGUUAUCCUUUUUAAGGUUUUGCAGUUGUGCUGCAGUAAUUGUGUUUUACGUAUUUUACGUUUAUUUUUAUUUUGGACAGGCUAGUAGUAAGUUUUAUGUGACCAAAAUUCCAAAUACUAACUGUGGACAAGUUCAGAUGUUGAAGAACAUUUAUUUUUCUAGCACGAAAAGACUUGAUAAGAGGCUGGUUAAAAUCUGGAAUAUCUUUUAAAAGAAUUUAAUAUUUUGAUUAGUCUCACAGAGAUGUAUUGAUUAAAGAUAAUUUGCUUUCUGUGAAGAUUGAGCAUUGUGUAUGUAUAGCCAAGCAGAAAGAUCCUAGGCCAGAUUCCAACAUUGUAAUUCUUUGGUAGAGCCUGCUACCUUUUACAACUAAUCUUAUGUUUGAAAAAAGCAAAGAAAGAUUAUGUACAAGAUUAAAUUAUCUUUAUCAUUAAUUAACAUUAAAUGUCUACAGAGAGA